AUGCUUGAACAAUCGACUCUUGUUGAUAAUGGAAGUGAUAUUGAAGAAUUUGAUCCAACACAAUGCUCGACACCAUCAAGCAGCAGUAGCGACUGUAGCAUUCACAAUGAAAUUCAUAAUGAAACUCUGGAAACGACAAUCAAUACCGACAAAAGGAGUUCAUCGAACGAAAGAAAUAACUCAACGCAAACUGAUUUCUCACAAUUAACAUGUGACAUAACCGAAGAGGUUGGUGAUAAUGAAAUCGAAGAAUCCGAUACACGUGACAAAAUCUAUGAAGGUGGUAUCGAACAAUCGAGUGAAGAUCAAUAUCAAAGAGAAGACUUUGAAGAAAAAACAUCAUCCGAUGUGAGGAGGAUGAGUACAUAUUCAGGUGAAAUCAACCAAUCUAAAUCAACCAACGAUUGCAAACGAAUGAAAUUAACAUUAGAGCAUGAUAAACUCGAAUUUUCUGCGAAUCGUAUCGAGUUAAAUGAUGAAGCCGAAUGGAACUUAAAUUUAAUAUUUAAUAACCAACAAAUUCUGAGUAGUGAAUAUGAGUAUAGUGCACUGGAAACUGCAGUAGUGACAGAUCCUGCUCGAGGUGUAUUCACAGCGUUCUCAAAUGCAGAUGAAACAGCAACAACAGAAACACACAUAGAGAAGACAGAUGCUGGUAGCGAGUCAUCACCAAUAAAGCCGGCUACCGUUUUUGUAACUGUUGCCGAAGUUCCAAUUGGUUUAUUGAAGAAUACGACGGAUAAUACUGAACGUCUUCCAGUUGAAAUACAAAUGGCUAAAACGAAUCAAUAUUUUGAAUCACUAGAUGAAGAUCUGAUCACGAACACAGACUCAACAAACAUUGCUGCCAUUGUUGAAGUGAUAACAGAACAGCCAUCGACAAAAAAGAAGAAAAAAAAACAAAAACGUAUUUUUCCACAAAGAGCAGAAGGAUUUUAUCCUACUCGCUCGCGAAAAUGA